GCACACUGCUGAAGCCUCAAAUUUUGCACCUUUUCUAAGAUCUUGUAAAAAGGAAUGCUCCGAACCUGUUGAAGGGAAAAUAACCGGUACCUCACUGAGGAACUUAAUACAGAAAAACGAUGCAAGCUAAAAACAAACUAAAAUUAAUCAUUCAACUCGAGCGUCCAUAGUUCUUCACGUGAUAUAGCAUAUGACGAGUAUAAGUGGAUUACAUUUCCUUUGUAAAAGAAUACUUUCUUGCUAAACAGAAUUUCAAACAAUCAACUGCCCAAUCACAAGACCCGUUGUAAGAAGAUCUGUACGAAUGGUGUACUUUUAUCUACGAAUAUCGUCUAUCAACGGAACGGCCUUGAAGUCCUGUUUCUGUGAAAUCCCCAGAUGGCUACGAGGUAGUCUACUCAGGAAUGGUGGAGGUCUUUUGGAAAUUGGCACCGACAAGUUCAACCACGCUUUUGACAGCAUGGCUCUAAUGCAUAGAUUCCGUGUAAGAGAUGGACACGUAACAUAUAUGAACCGAUUUUUGCACAGCAACGCGUACAAACGCAACAUGAGUGCGAACCGUAUUGUAGUAACGGAGUUUGGCACCAGGGGUUUUCCUGAUCCAUGUAAAACUAUCUUUCAAAGAUUUAUGUCUAAAUUUAUUAUAGAAGAUUUCACCGACAACGAUCUUCUCAACAUCAUCCAACUAGGAGACCAGUUUUAUGUGUGCUCAGAAACGAAUUUCAUACACAGAGUAGACCCUGAAAAACUGGAAACUAUGGACAGAGUUGACCUAAGCAAGUACCUUGCUAUAAACACAGCGACGGCACAUCCCCACUUCGACAGAGAUGGAACCUAUUACAACAUGGGAAGCGGAUUCAGCUUAUGUGGACCAACGUAUAAUAUUGUGAAAACAUCACCCGCCUCAGACGUGAACGUGAAUCCUUUCGAAACAGCUUCAAUAGUGUGUUCGAUACCCGCCAGGUACCGCUUCAAGCCCAGUUACUAUCACAGUUUUGGUAUGACCGAGAACUACCUGGUAUUCGUUGAACAACCAUUUUUUGUGUCAAUUCGCCACCUGUUGUGGCUUCACAUCAAAGGAGAUGCUUACAUUGAUGCCUUAGAGUGGAACCCAAAACUAAAGGUAUAUUUCCACAUUAUCAACAAGCAAACUGGAGAACGACUGCCAGUAAUUUACACGACGUCUCCCUUUCUGGUGUUCCACCACAUAAACGCCUACGAGGAUUCUGGUCACUUGGUGGUAGAUAUGUGCUGUUACAACGAUGGCGAGGUGGUCAAGGGGUUAUGCGUGGCUGAACUAGGUAAAAUAAAAGAAGACCCUUACCAUCUCGCCGAGCUGACUCGUUGUCAAGUCCGAAGAUAUGUUUUACCUAUGGAUGUGUCGUCACAGGAUUUAGAUAGAUCUCAAAAUCUUGUCAAGCUACCUGGGUCCGAGGCUACAGCUCACUUUGAACAAGACGGAUCAGUGUUUUGCCAAUAUGAAGCCCUAACCGAAGCAGGUCCCGGACAUGCCGAAAUGCCAGGAAUUAAUUAUGCAAAAUACAAUGGUAGAAAAUACCGCUUCUUCUACGCAUUAGGUCGAAAAGUACCCAAUUUAGAGACGUACAUGAUGAAAAUUAACACGGAAACAAAAGAAAUUGAGAUUUGGAGUGAAGAGAAAAGAAUACCCUCGGAACCAGUAUUUGUUGCCAACCCUAACGCAGUUGAAGAAGACGAUGGGAUUCUGCUGUCGUCUCUUUUGCACGAAGAAAGCGAGAAGAAAGUGGCACUGCUGAUUUUGGACGCUAAAACAAUGAAGGAAUUAGGACGUGCAGAGUUCGAAACGGAAUCGUCUGUGCCUGGAUGCUUGCAUGGCGUGUUUACACACUUGCUUUAAAGGUGUAUAGAACCGAUAUACUAACGUCACGUAAUGACAGUUUAAUAUUUCAUUAAAUGUACUUUAUCUUCCA